AUGGGUUCCUCGGAGGGAGGAGCUGGAGACGGGGGCGUGGGGACGGAGUGCACCGUCGGGACCAUCGUAUGGGUGCGGCGGCGGAAUGGCUCUUGGUGGCCUGGGAGGAUUCUGGGGCAGCACGAGCUGUCCGCGUCGCACCUUAUGUCUCCGAGAUCUGGGACUCCAGUCAAGCUCCUUGGAAGGGAAGAUGCCAGCGUGUAAGUCUUUAACCCUCCUGCCACUUUUGCUAGCCCAUGCCAGUCUAUUUUUCUUUCUUUCACAUGCCCUCCUCUGCUGGAAGUCGUGGCUGGAUUCUCAGCACUAGCGGAAGAUAUCUUACUUCCUUGUAGUUUAUCUAUAUCAUUCUUAUCUCUGUUUAAUUAAUUUCGUUGUAUAUUUUACAAGGGCCGCUUUGGCACGAGCAGGGUGGGCUGUGCCGGAAGUUUUUUGAUUUGACCAUUCUUUUAGUAAUUAGUAGCGCCGGAGUAGGAUUCUGUUAUAGUGUCAAUGGUGUUACUAUAUGUGAUAAUGUUCAUCACACAACAGGCAUCUAGGACUUUUCUGUAGCGCCGCAGGAUGGAUUUUAACUCGCAUGCAGAGAGUUACUAUAACUUGUUGGCUUCCUGAAACUGUUGUCAUCAGGCUUGGUUUAAAAUCAUGUGGUACUGCCUUUGAAUAUGAGAGUUUUCCGAAGUUCUUCCAACAAGUCAGAGAUGUGAAUACUUUCUCAUAUCUGAUAUUUGCGAUGCUUCUGAUGGAUGCCGUACUUUUGCUCGAGAGGCUGAUAUGAACAUGAUGUGUAGUUCUUUAAUGUUGAAACUUGUCUACCUAUUCCUAUGAGGAACAAGCUUUGAAUCGUAAUCAGAGGUAACAAGGUGUUCAGUAUCUAGAAUUUACAGAAGGCACAUGAUUUUUUUUUUUGCUGUUGUGGAGUUUGAAAAGAUCCCCUAGCAAGAAGAAUUUAGGAGGUUAUAUAGGAGUCUCAAAUUAUUGAUUUUGACAUGGAGCGACGUAGAAGAUAUGUAUACAUUUCCUAAGCGUAUGUACUUAUUGGCGUUUCUCUUUUGUCAUGCUACUAUCAUAGUGUUGUUUUUGUUGAUGGUGAUGCCAGAUAAGCUUUAAGGACCCAAUGGUUAUCUUGAAUCACCUAGGAGACUGAGAAUUUUUUUUACUUUUUUACACUGUCGAGAAACACAAUUUUUUGAGAAAUGUCGGAGGUAGAUAUUUCAUUUGAUGCUGUGGAUUGCCAACUGAAAAUGAAGAAUGGCCGUUUCCACUCUUCUAUUGGAAGAAAAAAUCGUGUCAAAUGAUGUUCUCAUCAAUACCACAAAAUGCUAGAUUUCCUCUUUACUCCAAGUUGAAAAUUGCCCCAUUUAAUUCUUCAUCAAAUUAUUUACCUCGUAUUCCCAGGAACUUUAUCAUCCUGCAUUCUUUUUGUGUAACUGUGAAACUUGAUGCCAAGUGAAUGGGAUGUCUUAAGUCUUUGCCAAAUCCACGGAUGCUUUUGUGGAUGAAGCCAACCCAUCAAUAGUUGGAUAAGGUUUCUAUUGAUAAGACUUCUGUUGGUGCUGAUGAUAAGGUGUAUAAAAUUUGUCUUAUCGGUCUGGUUCUUCUAGUCUUUUUCUUCAACCUCUCAUUCCCUUGUUUCUUCUUCGUUAUUUUGUCUUUUUCUGCAAUCUAUUCCACCCUUGUGGCGUAAAAGAUAGAAAAAAAAUUCACCCUAAAUCAUGCUGAAUCAAGUAGUCUGGCUUCCCACCGUUGGAGGCCAUGGUGACUCAGACCUUUUCAUGAAUACUUUUUUCUCUGGUUCUGGUAAAUCCUACUUUUCUCAUAUUAUAAUUUCCUGUUGCCAAUCCCCUUAAAAAAUGAUCUGAUUCGAUUCAUCCUCGACUGAUCUGGCAAACCAUGUUUUCCUAGUCAUCACAGUGGGUAUCUGAUAGGUUCUAUAACAAAAGAAAAACAUGGUGGAGGUUUAGAAGAAUCUCCAGAGGUCCUUGGAGAUGUUAGAUGCGUGCUAAUUUCUUGUAAGUUGACUUAUUGGUGUGGAAGAUCAAAUGAUGACCAUUUAUGGAGGCAUGUCUUGAAGGAACCAAUAUUGUAAAUAUGGUGUGUGGUAGUAUUUGUGUCAGGUUUCUUUAAAGUGGUUUGUAUCAUGUAUUUAUUAGUGAUGAGGAUUAUUCCAGUCGCAUACGUGAGAGUUUAAAGUGGGAUUAUUAGUCGGGGGCUUAGAACACAGACUUGUACUUGAUGGAGUUGAUCCAUGCCAGGGUUAUUCAAGAGUUGGGAUGAUCUGUUUCGGCUCUUAGCCUUCUAAGAAACUUUGCUAGAUUAUCAUGCGAGAUAUGUUGUAAAUCUCCUCCUCUCAUACGCUCUAGAAAAUUUAUCUUUCUAUCAUUAUGAAAUCCCUUUGUAUAGUUAAACCCCCUCUAAAAUAUUGUCUCUUGAUUCACCCUUUGAUGACUAAAAAAAUUCAAAUUUGGUCUUAUUUUUUACUGUUCUCUUACGUCAUCAAGCGUACGUCCAACUCAAGUUUUUUGAAUUUUCUCUGUUUCUAAUGUAUUUGGGCUGUUAGGCCAUGUUUCUUUCUGUAGUUUCUUAGUCAAUGGCUCCUGGCAUUGCUAGGUUCUAGAUUGCAUAUGGAGAUUUUGCAGCAUACUACGAGAUACUUUUCAUCAUAUUGAUCUAAUUAGAGGUAGACGAGGAAUUAAUAUUGUAGAUUCUUUUUUUCUGUAGAUGAGCAUUGUGUUUGAAUAGAAGUCGUGAUUGGGCACAACAUAACCUAGGAUCAUUCCGUGAUUGGCAUGUGGAGGAUGUUCUUUCGAUUUCCAAGUUUAUAGUAGAAACGACUAAAGCAAAAAAGUUGCUAUAAAAAGGAAAGAACUCAGAGAGAAUGUAGUAUGCAAGUUUCUAAAUCCAUUUUUUAUCAAGUUUUUCAAGCGUCCACGUCGAUAAUUAUUAGUGGGGUAAACAGCAAUGAAAACAGGUGAACCAUCUCAACAGUUUUUGAAGUACAUUGAUUAUUACGAGUUGUUCUCUUCCUCAAAAGACUAAAUCGUUCUCAUCAGAACAGCAGAGCCCAGAAGGCAUGGUGUUCGGUAUGCUAUUAUUUAUGUCUUACGAUUUCGUCUUACACUUAUGAAUCUUGGUGUUCAUAAGUAUGCCAAAAGUUGAACUGAAUAGUUCCUUGGGUAAGUUCAGUUAGAAGUUAGCCAGUGCUGAAAUCUGGCUAAUUUAAGUAGAACCCUGGAGGUAUCUUGCUAGUUGAUGAAGUUGCUAUAGUAUGUCACUGAGCUACCUAAACUGAAAAACCAGUAUUUCUUUUUCAAAUUUUGGCCUCUUUAUUGUGCCUGUUUUCUUUGUUCUCUUUGUGCUGUGUUCUGACACAUUUUCGAGAUUGCGAUAGUAAUUUGAUAAUCCAUGCAAUUUAUCCAAUCCCCUUGUUUUUAUGCUAUCAUUGUUGACAGUAUUUGGUGAAUUUAAAUGUUGAUAUUAUGAUUUUUUUUGACAAUGAUGAUCCUCCAGAGAUUGGUAUAAUUUAGAGAAGUCGAAGCGUGUAAAGGCUUUUCGGUGUGGAGAAUUUGAUGCUUGCAUCGAAAGGGCUGAAGCUUCCCUAGGGGGUCCCAUACGGAAGAGGGAGAAAUAUGCACGUAGAGAAGAUGCUAUUCUUCAUGCCUUGGAACUUGAGAAGCGACAACUUGAGCUGCAACAACCCAACAACCUGAGCCAUAAGCAUUCUGGCGUUUUGAAGAAAGAGCUGAGUAGCCCACCAUCAUUUGGAUUACACAAAGUAAGUGAUGAAUGUGCAAGUCACGGUAAAUCUGUUAAUGUUAAGCCAAAGUUACAUUCGAGGAUAUCCGCUGAGGAAGUUGGUGGAAGCAGCCCCUUACAUGCUCUGAGGAACAAAAAUAGUACGCAAUUAAACUGGGAGGAUGAGAACUCUGGGACCAUGCCCCGAAUGAGAGGUCUGCAAGAUUUUGGCCUUCCUAUCGCUCCAUCAAAAAGGAAGACCUCUAGCUCUGUUGCAUGUGAAAGAACUAAACAUUCUUUCUCUGACGAUCAUGUUGAUAUUCAUCCUGAUUCCAUGCAUGGCAUGGGUACUGCAAAUAGUGCUGGUAAUGGAAAAAGUUCAUUGGCAGUCAAAAGGAAGCGAUCUCAAGGUGGUCUGACUGAAGAAUCUCUUAUUAAAAGACGCGAUAGACGUCGUCCACUUGUUCAAGUACUGAAGAGCAGUGCUAAAUUACCGGUACCACAAUCUUCAGAUUCAAACUGUGAACUGGCGUCUGCUGCAGCGAAACAGAAAGAACACAUUGGAGAUAUUUGCCAUGAUAAAAGGAGUCGACCCAUCUAUAUGCCUGAUGAUUCCAGCGAUUGCUUGAACCCCACUGGAAAUUCUUCUGAUCAGAUGCGAAUUUCAUUGGCCCAGUACGCAUAUGGUAAUGGUCUUCAUCUGCCUGGUUCAUCGUCACUAGAAGGCACAUCGUCUGGAUUGAUUGGAGAAGAUGACACUGGUUCCUCAGAGAGGGAUUGUGGAGAUGUUAACAUGGAGGAAGAAGAUUUUUUACUGCAAGGUUUGGCGAUUGUGGUUCAUCUUUCUUCGAAUUAAGCCUGCGUUUCUUACUUGAAAUUUAGUUCUGCCUGGACCUUUUCUGCAUGAUCACUUUAAUGGCCUUGUCCUCAUAGACCAUAGCUUCUGUAGUGUAGAGAAAAUUUUCAUUGUUUCCCGUCAGACCUGUAUUCACUAUUUACAAUCCUGGAAAACUGCUGUUUUUUCUUUUUUGUGUACGGUGUUAUAAUUAGUUCAUGAAGUUAUCUUGUGUUUACUGACCUUAGAAUAUUAUUGAUUACUCUGUCAAGCAAAUGUUUCGUAUUCAUUACUUUCUGGUUGCCUGACUUCUAGAAGAUCGAAUUAAUGCAAAUUAUGACGAAUACUGAUUUUUAAAGGUUGUGUUUGUUUCACAUUAUUAUAGAAAAAAAUAAAUCCCCAUCGAAGUUAUAACAUCAAUAAUAAAUACCGUACCAUCUAAUUAUUCAACAAAAUAGAAGUGAUGUUUAAAGUAGUGCGUUCCUCUCUCUUUUACUUUUUUACAUUUCAUUAAGUAACUUUUAUUGGUUUGUAGAAAUAUCCAACAAGGCUUUAUUUCCAUUGGUUGAAUAGUUUGAUAAUCGAUUUCUUUUCUAACACUCCUAGAAAUUGUGUUGAUUUGUUGGAUGCCAUAGAUUAAAUUUACUUUCUUGGUCUCUGGUGUUCCUUUUGCUAAUUUAGGCUGCCAGAUGGGGUUUCAAAGAAGCGUAAGGGUGGUGAUCCAAAAAAUUAUAACGUGCUUGGGAGAUGUUUGGUCACCCUUAGGCUUAUCUUCUCCAGUAGUUUCUAAUUCACACUUAGGCUUAUGUUUGUCUACCUGUCUGUCCUUGUUGGUUUCUUCUCCGUCAUAAUAAAAAUAUUGGGACGAUCCAUGGGUUGGGUGGGGGGCGCUACCCUUUGCGCAUCUGUAACGCAAUUUGGAUACUAUUUUUUUUUCCUGAGAAAAAGCUGUUUACAAAAGUACAUUUUUAUACUCGUGAGUACAUCCUUCAGUUAAUGAUUUGGAAUCAGUUUGAGAUCUAAUUGAUUUCUGUAGAAUGUAGUUUACAUAGUGUAGAUUGAACCGAAGUUGGACUGUUCUCACUGUGUUAAAUCGGAUCAACUGUAUACAAUCUGAUGCUUGAAUCAACUAGUGUUACUAUCAAGGGAGCAGUUUUGCAAGUUCUCUCGUAGGUUCAUGUGGAAGAAACAGUUCAUUGGCUAAUAGCGUUGCUCUGUGCUAAUCAUGUGUAUGCUUUAUUUUGAAAAGUAUGGUUCUGUUAAAUUGAUCAUGAGACACGUUUGUUAUCCUAUUUUGAGCUGAUCAAAUUAGAGGAAAAAUCUAUUACUUUUAAUACCUGGCAGUUCCUUAUAUGCUUUGGUUUGUUCAUCUGGGCGUAUCUAUCAAACCCCAAGGCAUUGAACUUGCUAGUUUAACUGCUUGUACGAGAGUUGAAGUGUUCAUUCCAGCUUUUGCUGGUUCAUGUGGUGAUUGUUUUGAUGUUCAUGGCCUAAUAUCAUUUUUUAGUGUACGGUGGUGAUAUUUUUUCUUCAAAAUGGCUCUGAUAAUAUUUGAAUGAACAGCCUAUGAUGUGCCUGAAUCUUCAUUGCCCGUUUUCAGAUGAUAAAUUGCUCAUUCCCGAAGCUGGAAGCUUUCUAGAGGAUGAACAUAUAUUGGGCAAGAUCGGCGACGGCUACGAGCCCUCAAUCUCCGACGGCCGUCCCCAUUCUCUCUCUAACGACGAGGGUGAUGGCGCCGCCGCCGAUGUGGCGGGGGUCUCCAAGUGGCACAUGAAGGGCAAACGCAACAUCAGAAGCCUCUUGAAGAGGGGCGCAGAGGCCGCCUGCAAUGGCCCACCGGACAGAACGGCCUAUGAGAAGAAGGCCGCGAGUUUUUCCAAAAAAUCAAGGGAAGGGGUGCCCGGGCUUGGCCUCUACCACAGAGGCGAUGAGGAGGAACUUGACUGCGCCGACGAGGACGAGCUCUCAGAGAAGGCUUUCGGCGGCCAGCUGCCGGGGUUCAGCCAGCGGAGCUACCAGUUCGGGCCGAAAGCCUUGGGCGCCAGUAUUACCCAUGAUUCUGAUGUGGACUCUCAGGAGAUGUUCCCACCCGGCUGGAGCUCAUUCUGGGGGGAGCUAGACGAGUGCCCUGAGCUGCCUCUAGACCAUCACCAUCACCAACAUCAUCAUCCUCCGGGUGUCGAGUGGAAGAUACCGUUGGUCGAUGUGGAUUUGAAGGUGCAGGCGACCUAUCAGGGGGAGCGAGUCCCCCUGGUUUCUCUGAUGAGCCGCCUGAACGGGAAGGCGAUUAUCGGGCACCCGGUGCUGAUCGAGAUAUUGGAGGACGGUUCUACCGAUCUGAUGAUUCCCAGUGGCAGCGUGGGGCUGGAGCAAGCUCUUGGUGCCGAGGAGAGCCCGUCGGCAGCGGCGCCCGUCUGGAGGACCGGCAGGAGGACAGCCAUGCAGCGGGUUCCUCGCGCCCACCUGGCCCCCGCGGCUGCGGACGGUGAAGAGGCAGCCGAUUUGGAUGUCUACUCUGAGGGCUUGGGCCUGUUCAAGGAGCCACCUGCCGCUGCCGCCACCAGCACCCAGGGCAGUUCGAUGAAGAAGGCGGCCAGCCACCGCCGCCCAGCUGCCGGGAAGUCGUCGUCACGCAAGAAGCUUCAGAAGAAGGCGAUCAGCCUGUCCAGCCAGAAGACCAGAACCUUGUCCUCCAUUGUGACUGAGCGGCGGCGCUCCGGCAAGAGCGCCGGGUCCAGACAAGGGCGGAAGGAGGCCGGCAUUUUGGGUGGGCUGAUCAAGCCCGGUGGCACAGUACCUCUGGUGACAUGCGUCCCCAUGAAGGUGGUCUUCAGCAGGAUAAUGGAGGCCGUCGGCCGGCCCCCGUCCUCUGGUCUGACCCGCCGGGGGCCGCCGACUGUGCCAGCUGAAAGGAGGCCAUCAUUGUAG